UACCAUAAGCUUUUCUUUUCUAUCAUCGAUAUGACCUCAUUUAUCACCGACCUUUCGACAACCCAAUAGCCAAGCAAACUCCAACGAAAUCACUCAUUAACCUUCCUGGAAAUAAAUUAACAUGAAACCCCAAAUUGAUACUCCAGGCCUUGAUGGCCGUGGUAAACGUGUUAGAUCUCGAAGCCGUUCCAUAUCACCGCCCUCACAAUCUCGCUCUGAUCUCCGCGAUGGCGCCCGAAAGCGAGGCCGGAGUGAUAGCAAUGAAUUUAGUCGCGACACAAAAGCCAGACGGCACCGCCAUCACCAUGAACAUAACAGUAAUCGUCGUCGACACAAAGAUCUUUCACCGGUUUCGGCUGCACCACCCGUUUUACCCUACAAUGCGCGACAGCUUUCAAAGGGAGAGUUUUCGCGCUUCGAACCCAUGUUUGCCAUGUACUUGGAUAUACAAAAGGGCAUGGUCUUGGAGGACUUGAGUGAGAAAGAAAUGAAAGGGAGAUGGAAGAGUUUUAUCAAAAGAUGGAACCGUGGAGAGCUUGCUGAGGGAUGGUAUGACCCCUCUACCUUCGAAAAGGCUUCUAGUAGUCGAAGUGCCGAAAGAAGCCACGGCAGGUUUGCUAAGAGAGAAGCCAAUUUACCUGAACAAUCUGAUGAUCACGGAGUGGGAUCACCCGAGGAGAGGUCUCUCCAGAUAGAAAAUGACAACGACGAAGAUGAUGAGGAGGAGGAGGAGGAGGAAGAGGAGGAAGAAUACGGCCCAAAACUUUCCAAUCUGACCAUAUCUUCCAGAAAUAAACGGUCCGGUCCAACCAUACCGAACCUACAAGACUUGGAACUGCAGCGAGAAAACACUCUCGAAGACGCCGUUUUUGCUCGGUCCACCGCCUUAACGAGGCAUAAAGAAGAGCUCAAUUCACAUAAGAACCAUCUACGCACCAUUGAGGACGAAGUUGCUCCGCGUGCGGAACCUGGUACACACGAACGCAAGAUGGAGAAAAAAAGGGAGAAGGCAGCUGCAAACCGUGAGUUCGCAGCUGGUAAGCGCGGGGGGUCCCCGUCAAUGGAUGCUGCUCCAGACUCAGAACUACUAGGUGGUGGCGGUGAUGAUGAUCUCGAGACUUUGAAAAGAGCAAAGGAGCAAGAGAAGAAGAAGAAAAAUGAGAGAGAGAUUAGGCGAGAAGAAAUAAUGAGAGCGAGACGGGCGGAGAGGGAAGAAAGGUUGACAGAGUACAGGAAAAAGGAGGAGGAGACGAUGGGUUGGCUAAAGGCCUUGGCUAAGCAGCGAUUUGGUUGAAUUUAUAUCAUAUGAGUCUUCAUUAUGUAGCCAAGUUUUUAUCUAUCCCAUGCGAAAAUAUGAUACAACC